AUGAAUGAAUUUUGGUCGUACAAUUCGUCGAGUGAAUAUCCAAUGAGUUCGAAUCUCAGCGACGAUUCAUCUCUGAUGCAUGGAACGCACAUGGACUCGAGAAAAAGAUCAUUUGUCUGUGAUAAUUGUGGAAAAAGUUAUGCUGUUCAGAGAUCAUUGUGGAGGCAUCGAAAAUUUGAAUGUAUUAAUGCGAAACCAAAAUUUAAUUGUGAUCUUUGUAACAAGAAAACGGACAAGAAGAGCAACACAAAGCCAUUAAAGGUGAAAAGAAGACGAAUUCCACCAUUGAAUAGAGAAAUUCAUUUAGAGUUUAGUCCAUCAAAGAAAGUUACACUACAUCAUACAGUUUCUGAGAUUCCAGGACAAAUUGUCUUGGGCAGAUCACAAGCACUUCGAGUUCAUCGAAUAAUUGAUUUACCUGAGGCACUAGUAUCUUAUAAAAAACAUGCGGUUAAGACUGUAGAUGAUUGCAAUGAGGAAAUUCAUGAUGAAAUUACUUUUGAAGAAGUGACAAUUAAAAUGGAACAUGAAGGAGAUGAAACAAGUCACAAGUGGAAGCAGAGUUUAAUUCGUCAUUAUGAAAAUUAUCCAAAUUGCAAGAGGGUUGCAAUGAAUUUGGGAUUAAUUGAGAAAAAGCAGCCGUACUCAAAACCCCCACCGAAAUAUCAGUGUUUAUUUUGUCAGAAAAAGACUUCGAAACGUGUUAAUUUACUGAAGCAUAUGCAUAAAUCACAUGGUCCUCGUGCACUCAUAUCCCUAUUGAGAUCAUCACAACAUAAACGAAAUGUACGAAAAAAAGUGUCAACAUUAAAAAAUAUAAUGGACCUGCCGAGUAGUCGAAAUUCAAAUCGAGAAAAUCGUAAUAUCGAUUCGGACAGUAAUAGUAGCAAUAACAAUUUUGAGGGCAAUGAGAGAUCGUCAUCGCGCGAAGUUGUUUUUCCCGAUUCAUUUGAAGUUCUGCCACAGCCAUGGGACAGAAAAAGAAUAUUUGCCGGCCGCUCGGAGGACGAACGUCUCUUUAGGUGUAAAUUUUGUGGUAAGGGCUAUCGAUGGAAAUCGACAAUGAGAAGACACGAGAUGGUCGAAUGUGGAGGAAAAGCUCCAUCAUUCCAGUGUCCCGAGUGUCCCUAUAAGGCAAGGCAAAGAGGAAAUCUCACCGUUCAUUAUAAGCGACAUCAUCAAAAGGGCGAAUUAGAUGACAUUCCAGUUGAAAAUUGA